UUCUUUCACAAAGGUCUAGAAAACUGUGAAAGUACCUUCAGCAUAAACAAGUCCAGAAUUCUCCCAGGACAAAUUAUUUGCCAACUGAAGGAAAGGCCUGGGUUUAUGGUUUCAUUUGGAGCGAGAGGUGGAAACUCUCCGGAGGGACCAGCCGGAGCAGGUAUCGGUGGAUGUCACUGCAGCAAAACAAGAUUGUCCGCAGAUGCUAUUUGCCUGUUACCUUUUAGAGUAAUCGUAACCAAAAAAAAGAGGUGUCAGCUGUGAGGCCCACGCCACAGGUGGUCUCCCUUUCUGAUCUUCCCUGAGCCAUAUUCUUGGCAAUACCCACAGGCGUCUUGGUGAAUGGACAUAGGUGCUCUAAGUCUUGGAGCCGCCACAGCUAAACCCUCCAGCACGUGCUCCCUCUUGGGACUUCUCCCCAUCUUUGUAGGAUGGACGAGGAAUCGCCAGAUGGGCUGCUCUUCAAAGACCAUGACUUCUCCUCUGACUUGUUGAGGCAGCUCAAUGGCUUGAGGCAAAGCAGGAUCCUGACUGAUGUGAGCAUCUGCGCUGGGGCCUGGGAGGUCCCCUGCCACCGCAACGUGCUGGCCUCCAGCAGCCCCUACUUCAGGGCCAUGUUCUGCAGCAACUUCCGGGAGAGCAGCGAGCCCAAAGUCCAGCUGAAAGGCCUCGACUCUGCAACUCUGGAGCGGAUCAUCCUGUAUGUGUACACGGGCGAGGCGCACAUCACAGCGGAAACCGUCCUGCCCUUGAUGGAGGCCGCCUCCAUGCUGCAGUACCCCAGGCUGCUUGAGGCCUGCUCCUCCUUCCUACAGAGCCAGCUGGCCCCCAGCAACUGCCUGGGCGUGAUCAGACUCUCUGAAAUCUUCAGCUGUGAGACCCUCAGGAAGAAAGCCAGGGAGGUGGCCCUGACGUACUUCCCAGAGGUGGCCGCAUCAGCUGAUCUGAAGGAGCUCCGUGCCUUGGAACUGAGAGACUACCUGGGAGAUGACGGGCUCUGUGCGGAGGAGGAGAAGGUGUUCGAGGCCCUCAUGGUUUGGAUCAAGCAUGACCUCCAGACUCGGAAGCAAUACAUGCAGGAACUGUUCAAGCAGGUCAGGCUGCAGUACGUCCACCCAGCCUUCUUCUACCACUUCAUCGCCAACGACGCCCUCCUGCAGUCCUCGCCCCCCUGCCAGACCAUCUUGGAGACAGCCAAGAGGCAGAUGUUUUCUUUGUACAGCACCACCAGUGCCCCGGACCUCCAGCCUCUGUGGCAUGUCCCCCCAAGAAACUCUUACCAAGACUUCCUCAUCCUCUUGGGUGGAAGGAAGGACAACCAGCAGACCACCAGGGACGUCCUGCUGUACGACGGACAGACUGGCCAAUGGCAGAGCCUUGCCAAACUCCCAGCCCGGCUGUAUAAGGCCUCGGCUGUCACCUUGCACCGCAGCAUCUACCUGCUGGGAGGCAUGGCGGUGGGCACGGGGAACAGUGUGCCCAGUCCCAAGGUCUACAUCUUCUCCCUGAAGUUCAAUCAGUGGAAGCUGGGGCAGCCCAUGCUGGCAGCCCGCUACUCCCACAGAAGCACCGCCCACAAGAACUUCAUCUUCUCCAUCGGGGGGAUUGGAGAAGGACACGAGGUCAUGGGCUCCAUGGAGAGAUAUGACAGCAUCUGCAACGUCUGGGAGAGGAUGGCCAGCAUGCCACUGGGGGUCCUCCACCCUGCAGUCGCUGUGAAAGACCAAAGACUCUACCUUUUUGGGGGAGAGGACAUCAUGCAGAACCCUGUGCGCCUUAUCCAGGUUUAUCACAUUUCCAGAAACACGUGGUUCAAAAUGGAGACGAGAAUGAUCAAGAAUGUAUGUGCGCCUGCCGUGGUACUUGGGGAGCGGAUUGUCAUCGUGGGAGGUUACACAAGGAGGAUCCUUUCUUAUGACCCUCAGUCCAACAAAUUUGUCAAAUGCGCAGACAUGAAAGACCGGAGGAUGCACCACGGGGCCACGGUGAUGGGGAACAAGCUCUACGUGACUGGUGGGCGGCAUCUGACCACAGACUGUAGCAUCGAGGACUCGGCCUCCUUCGACUGCUACGACCCUGAGACCGACACCUGGACGACCCAGGGGCAGCUGCCUCAUAAGCUCUUUGACCAUGCCUGCCUCACUCUCCGGUGCAUCCCUCACCCCUCCACCAUCCCCUGAGGCCCAUGAGAAACUGAGAAGUCAUCUGUCCUAGUCAAGAUGCUCUUGUUGCAAGAGACAGAACCCAACUCCAAAAAGCUUAACCCUGGAAGGGUGCAGGGAGAGCUCACAGAACGGAAAGUUCCAGAGCCUGGAGGCCUGGGACCAAGCACACUGUUGACAGAACACUGUCUCUCUGUCUCUGUCUCUAUCUCUGUCUCUGACUCUUUAUCUUUUCUCUCUCCCUUUCCCUUUCUCCCUCCCUCCUUCUCUACCUCAUCUCUGUUAGGCUCUACUCUACAAAUAAGCUUCUUUAUCCACACAGUGUGAGAACAAUGGCAACUGAUAAAUCCAGACCCACACUCUCUAGCUUGGCAUCUUCGGGAAAGAACUUUACCAUUAUCCAUAUAAUAACUGCCUCCCAAAACGAUGCUGAUUGGCCCUUUUUGAACUCCAUGCCUCCCUCUUGAGCCAAUCACUGUUUCCAGAUUGUGCUACUAGAGUUGGCUUGUCCUGGGUCAUGUCUCUACGGGCAGAGGUGGGGUUAAUGGUUGUCAUUGACAACCUAUCUGAACUGCGUAUAAUGGGAUAGAAAUGGUUCCCCAAAGCAAGAAAUAAAUGCUGAGCUGAUUAAAAACCACAUCUUCCCAGAACAUCACAGAAAUUCAGAAUGAGAGGGCAAAGACACCCAAGAGGGUUUCUGGAAGCACUUAGUCCAGGUGGCAGCAAGAGCAAUUGCCAUGACUGUGUUUCUCUGCAUUCUAGGAUGUAGUGCAUUGGAAUUCCAGAAGAGUAUGUGAAACUCAGUAUCCAGUGUUUGCAAAAUUAUCUGCACCAGCAGAAUAAAGUGUGUUUCUGGUGCCAAAUGAUGUUUUCCUCUAGCCUCUGUGGAGCUGUAAACCUACAGAAUUAAGCAAGAUUUUCAAUUUGGUAAAUGUUAUGAGAAUUGCUGUUCUGAGGAAAGUCAACAAAUUCCUUCAGAGAUUACAGCAAUUACGGCCCUUCCAAUGCCUGGGCUGACUUUCCCUACGGCCCUCUUUGUCUCAAAGAGCCUCCCACACUGGCUCAGUCCCAAACUCGGGAACUAACUGAAGCUGCUAGCACAUUACAAUCACCUAGGAAGAUGUUUGAAAAUGGGGCUACGCCCCAUUCAGGAUGCACAGACAGGGAUUCUCAGAGGUGGGACCAGAGCUAUGUGUUUUUGAAAAGCAUCCCAGAUCAUUGCAAUGUACGUGCAGUGAGGUCGAGAACCGCCCCCCGCCCAGCUGCGGGCACAGAAGACCUUCACCUGCUGGUCCCAUCCCCAUCCUGGCCUGCCCCCCCCCCACCCGCAGCCCAGCAAGGGAGGCGAAGUCCUCUCCCCACCUGGGAUGAGUGUUGCCGCCCUGAGCCUGGCACCACGGUGCCCCCAAGUUGACGCCUUCCUCCCCGUCCAGCUCUCCACGUCCACGUUCUGGACUUUUCCUUUCUUCCUAGUUCGUAUUUUUUGCGCUCUUUCUCCUGCUGGGGUCUGAAGCUCUGCCCUGCUCCCCAGACCACUUGGUUGUGGUCCAGACACCCUCCCCAGAUGAUCACCCUGGAUGCUGUCGCCUGAGCUGUUGGCUGGCCUGAUUUCAGCCUCUUCUCUUUGAACCUCUUUGUUCAGGCUCUCGAUCCCCCCUCUCCCUGAAACUGUACUUGUGAAAGUGACCAGUGACUCCGACAGUGCCUACACGGCAGCCCAUUUUCACUUCUUGUCGGACUUGACCAGUCGGCAGCAUAUGACCCACUGACCCUCUCUCCAUCCUGAAAUACCUUCCUCUCGGCCUCUGGGACACCACCUUGCUCCUGCUUCUCUUUCUUCUCCCUGCAGUUCACUCUCGUCUCCUUGUUUCCCUGGCAAAUACGUGGUGGCUGACUCACCCCCGUGCUCAGCCCUGAGAACGUUUUUGUAUCUACUCUCACUCCCGGGGUGCAUGAGCUCUCCCAGCGCAUGGCUUUCCACACUGUCCCAACGCUGCUGACUUUCCAGCUUUCUCUGACUCCGGACUCCACUGCUUGCCCUACGUCUCCACAUCAGUGCUAAGUAGACACCUCAAACUAAACAUGUUCAAGGUCACUCUUUCCUCUCCAAGACAACUCCUCCCAUAGGCUCCUCCACUCUGGGACAGAACAAUACCUUCUCCCAGUUUCUCAGGCCCAAAGCCUCGGACACUACUCUUGGCUCUUUCUCUCACACUUCACUCCGUUUGUUCCAAGAAUAUGCAGAGACUGACCGCGUCUCACCACCCAUAGCUCUGUCUCUGGUCCCAGCUGCCACCUUGACUCAGCUGGACCAUCACCGUCAUUUCUUCACUGGUCUCUCCGCUGCCACCUUUGCCCCUGAACCUCUUCUCAACACGGCAGCCUGUGUGAUCUUUCACACAUAUAAAAAAGUCGGAGCUGGGCUCAGUGUCAGACACAUGGAUCGCAGAUCCUCAAUAAACACAUGAUGAGUGGAUGAAAGAAUUAGUAUAUGAACAUGGAAGCUGAAUCAACACUGGCUCUGGGAUCUCCAUCUCAAACUCAGAGCUCCUUUCACAUUGCAGCACCACAGAGACCUGGCAAAUGGAAAUGAAAGGGGAGCUCUUCAUGGAGGCAAAGACAGACUCUCAGUGCCCUAGAAACCCCGGGCCAAAUUCAAUCAGCACUUGGCACACAGACAACGCUGACAUAUUUGUGGAAUGAAUGAGCGGCUGCACAAACGAACGGGUCCUAAACACCACUGGGGUGUCCAUGCUGCUCUGGCUUCUGCUGGCUCCUGGAAAACGUUGCCAUUCCUUGGCUGGUGGCUGCAUCGCUCCAAUCUCUGCCUCUGUCAUCACAGGACCUUCUUCUCUGUGUGUCCUUCUUGUCUCUUAUUGGACUUUGGGCCCACCCUAAUCUAGUAUGAUCUCAUCUUGAUCCUUACCUUAUCACAUCUGCAAAGACCCUGUUUCCUAAUAAGGUCCCAUUCUGAGGUUCUGAGUUGACAUGAAUUUGGGGAGGAGGCACUAUCCAGCCCACUAUAGAUAACAUCUCCCCCAAGAAGGCAUCCUGAUGAGCCCUCAUCGCCCUCUGUCCCAGGCUGGGCCACCAUGACGCCGACUCCUCCUCAUCUCCCCAUUUCAUCAGGGGCAUCUCAUGGCAGGGAUGAGAAGAUACUCAGUAAAUGUGUACCGAGCUGAACUAAACCAUAUCACAGGGACUAGCAACUCUUUAAUGGAUUCCAAGGUCAACGUAUAUGAGAAACAGCUUCUGAGUAGCUUCCCAGAAGUCCAAGAUUUCAGGCCCUGCGGUCCAGAAAUCUCCAGUAACACUCCCAGGAGAAGCUGAUGGUCCAGAAAAUGGUGCUUUGAGGACAGAGAUUCAAGAAUUCCAGGGGUCUGAAAGACACAAGCACAGAGUUUACUUAGUUGAUGCCCUCACCCAAAUGGAAGUUCCAUGAGGACGGAGAACAGGGCUGCCUUGGUCACAUCUGUUUCCCUGGUUCCUGACACAGAGCAAUCCAAACAGGUUUGCUGAACGAAUGAAUGAAUGAACGAAUGGCAGCUGGGCAUUAGGAUGCAGCACAAAGGAGAGAGAAGGGAUCCAUGACAGACAAUGUCCCCAAAUGACAGGUCUUUACAUCUCUGUGUCCAUCACGGAGGAUGGUGGGCACUUAUCCUCAUCUUCAAACUGGACGUGAUGAUGAGACCACAGAAUCCUGAGCAGUCACCCUCCAAAUCUUCCAACAUGAAAGAAGAUCCUGGGCAAGUCACUCAACCCCACUAGGACAUGACUGCCCAGAGUAUAUUUUAGGAAUUAUAAUAUUCUCCUCCUUCUCAGGGCUUGAUGAGGAGGAAGCACUUAAGAUGAUCAUAUCAAUGUCUAAAGCAAAAAUAGUAACCACGAAUGGUGGGAGUGCUAACAGACAUAAAAGUAAAAUGUGCAAUGACAUUAAGAAUGUCAGUGAUGUUUAAAAUUUAAAUUUAUAAUGACAUUGUAAAUGACAACGAUAGCAGAAAGGAUGGAAAGAAGGAGAUGGCGAUGCUUCAUGGGUGUACUGGAUGGGAACCUCUCACCAGACUAUGCAAAGAGGCCCCUUAACUACUCUCCCUGGCUCCAUUCUCUCCUCUUCUCACUCUUGCCCUGCCACUCAAAGUCAGGAUUGGAAGGACACUCCUAGCCGAAGUGCAGGAGCAAUAGAUCCAUUUAUCUUUCUAAAAAAUAAAUCUGGCCAGAUCCCUCCCUUUCUUAAGUCCCUUCGAGGAAUUCAAACUCCACUUCCAUACCCAUGAGGUCCUUUGUAUGUGUAAGAAUAAACAGCCUCGGGGCUUCCCUGGUGGUGCAGUGGUUAAGAAUCCGCCUGCCAAGGCAGGGGACACGGGUUCGAGCCCUGGUCCGGGAAGAUCCCACAUGCCGUGGAGCAACUAAGCCUGUGCACCACAACUACUGAGCCUAUGCUCUAGAGCCCGCGAGCCACAGCUCCUGAAGCCCGCGCGCCUAGAGCCCGUGCUCCGCAACAAGAGAAGCCACUGCAGUGAGAAGCCAGUGCACCGCAACGAAGAGUAGCCCCUGCUUGCCGCAACUAGAGAAAGUCCGCGCGCAGCAACGAAGACCCAACACAGCCAAAAAUAAAUAAAAUAAAAUAAGUUAAUUAAAAAAAAAGAAAAAUAAACAGCCUCCGCUUGAUUAGGUAACAAGUAACAUGGUAGCGGAGGUCCCACCCAAAAGGUACUCAGUGAAUGCUAAUUUCCUUGCUGCCUCCACACUCCCUGCUCUCUUCAACUGGCCAGAAAGAGAACUCUCUUAUUUCCUAUUAACAAACAAUGCUUAGCUAUUAGCUGUAGCUGCAGAUACAUAGAAACAGAGACUAAAUAGAUCUCAGAUUCUUGGCCACUGGCUCCCCAUCCUAUAGGGACACAGUGACCUGCUCUUUUAUGCCAAAGGCACAGGACAUGCUUCCUACAAGGGCUCAGUCCCAGUGAAUGUGGUCAAAGCCUUAGAUUCUCAAGAAGUUUUCAAGGAAAUAUUUUUGCCCUCAAAAUUGCCUCCUUCUUUUUAUCUAGAAUGAUGAUUUAUUUUGUUAUUCAGUGACUGAAAAUUCAUGAAAUUUUGUGGUUAGAGCAAAAACGUCACACAUGAUUCCAUAUGUCCAUGCAGUGGGGCUGAGAAAAUCUGACAGUGAAAACCACCGUUUCUUCCCCUAGAGUUUAAGGGCCUCCAGCCUCUUUUUUUUUUUUUUUUUCUUAUAAUAUUUUAUUCCCUUAAAAACAUUGCUUUAAAAAAAUCAUUAGAUACAAGGCUCUAUAAAUAAAGACAAUGAUCAAAGCACUGUAUUUUCUUAGAUUAGUUUCAAGAUUCAAAUUCUCAAAUGCAAAUGUAACAUUUCCGAGUCAUGGACCCAGAAGUAGACCUGACAGACCAGCUGGUCCAAUCCAGGGAGGCAACAUGGAGAAAUGGAAACAAUGGCGGGUCCCAUGAGAAGCAUCCAAGGACCUGGAUUUGAGGUUCAGUUCUCCCUGCACUAGGCAUAGGACCUUGGGCAGGUCACUAAACAACCAAGUCUUGGCCUGUAAAACGGAUGAAUCUCAUCUGCCCAGCAUGCUUGAGAAAAUCGUGAUAGUAAAUGGAAAAGCUGACAGUGCUCUAUAGUGACCAGGGAUAAAUAUUCUCCCACACUCUUCACUCUACCUCUCUGGACUCAAGGCCCAUUUGGCCUGGGGAAGCAAGAGUAAAGGGAUAAUUAGAGAAAGCCAUGGAACACACACGUGUAACCAGCAUCUGGAUUAAGAAAAAGGAUAUUAUAGCACCCCAGAAGGCCCCUUCACACUUUGUUCCAUCAUUAUACUUUCCAGGGGGAACCACUAUCCUGACUUCCAAAACCUCAUAUUAGUUGUACCUAUUUAUGAAUUUCAUGUAAAUGGAACUAGAUAGGUUGAACUCGUCUACAUGACUUCUGCUCAACAUUAAGUUUGUGAAAUUCAUUCACCUUAUUAUGUGUAAUUAUAACUUGUUCAUACUUGUUGCCUAUAGUAUUUAACUACAUGACAAUAUCACAAUUCAUGUAUCUGUUUUACUCUUGAUGAACAUUUGUGUAGUUUCCCAUUUGGGGCUAUUAUGAACACCCAUGUGCAUGUCUUUUGGUGAACAUUUGUGUGCCUAUCUGUUAACUGUAUAUCUACUAAUGAAAUCGCUGGGUCACGGGGUGUGCAUAAGUUCAGCUUUAUAAAAAAUUGAUACAGCCAAUCAGUUCCCCAAACCUGUUGUACCAACCUCUACUCCCACCAGCAGUGUAUGAGAGUUCCAGUUGCUCCACAUCUCAACAAUACUUGAUACUGUCUGUCUUUUUCAUUUUAGCUAUUCUGGUGGGUUGGAAGUGGCAUCACAUUGCAGAAUGAUAUUUUUAAAGUGUAAACCAGAUUAUGUUUCUCUGCCAAUGGUUUCUUUCUGCAAGCAGAAUAAAACCCAACUCUUCAACCUGACCUAUAAGGCCUUGGUUACCUCUGACCUUCUCUCUGACCACUCACUCUACUCACUAUUCCUCCACUCCACUACCUUUCCAAUCUUCAGAUAUGCCAAGGUCAUUCCCAACUCAGGUUCUUUAUAUUUGCUGUUUCUUCUGUCUAGGAAGUUUUCCUCCAGAUCAUCCCAUGAAUGACUACUUCUGGCUCACUCAUACAUUCAACAAAUACUACUGAGUGAUUAUCAGGUUCCUUCUCAAAUAUCACCUCCCUCCAAGGAUCCUUCCCUGAUUACCAUCAAAUGUAGUCAAGAUUACUCCACCACCACUACCACCACCCCACGUUCACUCUCUAGCCCCUUAUCUUGCUUUAUUUUCCGUUUAGUACUUAUCACUACCUCCCAUUUCCUCUUUUAAGAUUUCUGCCUUAUCACACUAGGAUAUAAACUAAGAGCAGAGACAGUCAGUGUAUCUUCAACUGGAACAGUGCACACAGUAACUAUACAAUAAAUAUUUAUGGGAUGAACAGAGAAUGAAAGGGAAGGAAUUCACAUAGCCUUCUCAAAGAUAACCAUAGAAUAUUAAAGCUAAUGGAGCCCCUUCUAUGUUUUUCUAUCUUACUCCCUCCCCGCCCCCAUCCCACUUGACUGAUAAAAAUGAAGCUCAGAAAGAUAAAGUGGAUUGGUCAAGUCAGCAGCAGAAAUGGAGUUUGAAUCCAAGCUCAUGAUUUCUAGUUCUAGUAUACUAUUCUGCCUACAGGAACAGGGGACAAAGUCUAAUCCCAUUUGAAUGAGUCUCUAAUUAUUGAAUACUGGACAUUAGGAACUGAUUCAACCUGGAGAAGUCCCGUCUCAUACCAUGAAGGUAGACAACACAUCAAGAGAAUAUGACACAGGAAUCACUUCUGGUUUUCCCCCAAAUCAUCUCUGACCUUGGUUCAGAGGAAGAGGAUGACACUGAGAGGGUAAAUAUGGACGAGGGUGGCUCUGAGUCUACCUCCCAUUCUCUCAAGAAAGGAGAGUGAACCAUCUUGGCAGGAAUAAUUUCCCUGGGCUCCAAGGGCCUGCGAUCUACCAGGAGAUCAUGCCCUACCAGGAGAUCAUGGCCUACCGGGUGAGGGCCCUGUCUCACAUGCUUAGUUUGGGUGAGAAUCAGGUUGUACCACAACGCGAGCCUCAGGGCCAGUUGCAUAAUUGGAUAUGUAAUCAGUACCUUCAAGAACUUCAGCCAAAAACACUCCUGACACCACUUCGAUCUUGCUGAAUCAACUCCAAACCCCAUGACUGGAUGAUUCACUGGUCUCCUCUGGGGUCAUGACUAUCAGGUGCUGACCCAGGAAUGAGAACUAAAUUCAUAAAGGGAAAGAUCCACUAGUUGGAACUCUGGUUUUUCCAGUGCUUCAACCUACUGCUCCUUGGGUUUCCAAGCAGUGACGGAGGCCAUGUUGGUCUCUUCCUCAUCAAUCCAAAUAAAUGGAAGAUAACCAGAGACCAACUAGAUAAGAUAGGGAGCUACCGUUUGGGAAGAAAUCAACCUGGAAUGAUUAAAAAAACAAAUACAAAACCACAACCUCCUAUCACAAUUCCAAAAUCCAAAAACCUCUGAAAACUGGGGUUUUUUUCUUUUUUUAAUAA